AUGAAUGUACUUCGCCACAAGUUUCUCGCCUUCGCCAAAACCUACUUUCGGACGCUUCUGACAUCGACUCGUCUGGACAAUGUCCAAGCGCUCGUUCUUCUCAACAUGCAUCACCAUAAUAUUGGGCAGAAGAGCAGCUCGUGGCUACUGAUAGGUCUUGCUGCACGUAUGGCCAUUACCAUGGGAAUGCAUCGAGACAGCACCAACGUCCAAUUCGAACCCAUCGAAUGCAAUACGCGCCGACAAGUCUGGUGGUCCCUCUACAUAUUCGAAAAGACACUGUGUGGCAUAUUGGGCCGCCCAACAGUGAUUGAUGACCGAGAGAUGUCGAUGAGAGUCCCAGACGCACCAAUGCUAGAGCAAACGCGCAUCAACGCAGCAUUCAUGAAUCUCUGUUCCGACCUAGUGUCCACAUCGUACCGCAUUCGACAACGUGCCUAUUUCGACAAAACUUCUGCCGAGGAACGGUCCCCAACCAUCGCUGUCGCCAUAGCCCUACUACGGGAGUGCGACAACUUCUUCGCAAAAAUACCUCAGCACAUGUCAAUAGAAGACAUGCCAGGGCACCCAGAUCUGAAAGCAAUGACAUUAUUGCUACACGUCUACUAUUACUACACGCGUUGUGUCAUCUCCCGAGACUUUCUCAUACAAAAGGUCGAGAGCAACGUCUGCUUCCUGGAGAACAAAGCGCCCCCAAUUUCAGAAGACUGGUCUACAACCCUAAUCCUGGCGGAGGACUGUGUUGAAUCAGUACACAAAAGCCUCCAAUGCAUCACCAUCGGCAUCGAGCUGGGGAUAUUCGAGAUUAUCGGUUACUCCUGGCUAGACUUCUUCUUCGUAUUCCACGCCGUGUUAAUCGUAUGCGCAGAUUUUCUUGCACGGCCCAAGGGCCAAACCGAUUCACCGAGAGACGUCGAACGUAAAGCGACAGUGCGCACUGUGCUCGACCAGGUCCGCGGAAUGCAGAAGCUCGCACCUACGUACAAGACCCUUGGCCGGAUCGCGCUGCAAUUCGCCACAAUAACUGGUGUUACUCAGGAUAACGAUUCGCCAACAGUACCGGAUGUGCCAGAGGAGGGGCCUCUGGACAGUGUGGUAGACAUGGCGGCCGAGGAAAGAACGGAUAAUGCCGACAUACUUGAUAUAGGGAAUGAUUGGUAUACAGACGCGACGGCCGAUUUGGGAUUAGACUUCUUCGAUCUGAGUCAGGCGACACAUCCAGGGUCAUUCCCCAUCAUGGAUCCUCCGUCGCGUUCUGAAAACACGGGCGAUCAGACAGGCGACGUGGUGGACGAUUGGACAGACAGGGCACUAAAGGGGAUGCACACGCUAUAG